AUGUCACAAGAGCAAUAUGAAACUUUCAAGCUUGGAGACUGGGAGCUCCAGAGCGGACAGAAAAUCGAGGAUGCUCAUAUCGCAUACAAGACAUUCGGCGACCCCAAUCUUCCAGCAAUCGUCUAUCCAACUUGGUUUUCCGGAGCUCUCUCCGAUAACUUCUGGUUGAUCGGAGACGACAAGCUCCUAAACCCGAAGAAUUUCUUCAUUAUAGUUCCAGCCCUGUUCGGAAAUGGCCAGUCCUCCUCUCCAUCCAACCAGCCGAGUCCCGGCCCAUUCCCAAAGGUGUCGUUUUACGAUAAUGUGCGGGCGCAGUAUGAGCUUGUUACCAAACAUCUGGGCAUCACGCAUUUGCACGCCGUUAUUGGUUGGUCUAUGGGAGGAGCUCAGGCUUUCCAAUGGGCAACGCAGUAUCCUGACUUCAUGGAUAUUGUGGUCCCCUUUUGUACGGCUGCGAAAACUUCAUUGCACAAUCAGGUCUUCCUUGAGGGAGUCAAAAGCUCCUUGAUUGCGGUGAAGAAGAGCCGAUCUGCGGGAUCGGGGGAGAUUGGUCUCAAUAGAGAGACGGCCGAAGCGCAUGAUUGGACAGCUGAAGAGAAGGAUGUUGGCCUCAAGGCAUUGGGCCGUGUGUAUGCUGGAUGGGGAUUUAGUCAGGCUUUUUAUCGACACAAGUUGUAUGAAACCGCGCUGGGUUUCAAGGGACUUGAAGACUUCAUGGUCAACUUCUGGGAGAAAUGGGCUUGUUCCAAAGAACCCGAAAAUCUGCUAGUCUUGAUCCAAACUUGGCAAAUUGGUGAUGUCUCUCAGCAAGAGCCAUAUAAUGGGGACUUUGAGAAGGCGAUGGCAUCCAUCAAAGCAAAAAUGCUGGUUUUGCCGUCAAAAACCGAUCUCUACUUUCCACCUGAAGACUCGGAGUACGAGGUUUCUUGUAUGAAGCCAGGUAUUGGAACACUGGAUAUCUUCCCUUCGAUCUGGGGUCAUUGGGCAGGAGGUCCAGGCAAUAGUACGGAGGAUGUUAAAUGGCUUGAUAACAAGCUCUCCCAAUUUUUUGCAAACGAAGGUGAUGGGGUCAGUUCUCUGGCCGAGAAGCCCAAAAGCACCCUCAAUUAA